AUGUCUGGAUUCUUGAAAGCAAAAACAAAGCCUUCCACCGUCUCUCAUUGGAUUGCAACGAAUUCGGGGCCUGAUACUCUACAUAAUCAUGGUCGAGAUGACAAAUUACCAGAGUCCGCCGAUAUCGUGGUCGUAGGAGCUGGUAUCGCUGGAGCUCUUUUGGCAUAUCACUUGACUCACCCCGAGGAUGUCAGCGAGACCGUUCCUAAAGGCAGUAGGAUAGUCAUAUUAGAAGGAUCGGAAGUAGCAAGUUCUGCGAGUCAUUUCGCACCUGCAACAUUCGCCUCUUUCCCUAAAUUGGUUCGAUCUCGUUCGGAAGGAGGAGCCGGUCUUACUAAAGCUCAUGCAGUUGAUAUUCUCAAACAGGAAUGGGACAACUACGCACGUAAUAAAGAUGUCAUUAAGAAACAUGACCUGGUUCAUAAAGUCGAUUUAUGGGAAGGGAAUGUCAUGACAGUCUACAAAACUCAAGAAGGACUGGAUACAGCUUUUAAUGCAUUCCAACAAUGGAAUGAAGCGUUAGAGGAAUCUGGUUCACAAGACUAUUCCAAUAAUGUAUUCUGUAAAGAUCCGAAAGAGGCAUUGAGAGUUAGUAGAGUGCAAGGCGCUAUAGGCUAUUCAACAAGAACUGCAGGAACUGUUCACCCACAUAAACUAACAACUGAACUUCUUAAAUUAUCAAUCUCUUCUACCGAUUACGAUGUUUCUUUACAUACAACUACACCUGCUUUGUCAAUAACACCUAAAGAAGAUCAACAUAUAGUGGAAACAAGUCGUGGGACUAUUAAAGCAAAACGAGUUGUACUUUGUACCAAUGCUCAUACACCUCAUUUAUUCCCUGAAGAACAUCCACUCAAAUCAUUCAUUUUCCCAAUUCGUAUUCAGAUGGGAGUAUUUACUCCACCUCCAGAAUUCUCUGGUACCAAAUCUCCCCAAACAUCAUAUGGAUUCCCAACGGGAUAUUGCGCGACCAGUACAUCCGGUAUCGUCGUGGGUAUCAGUGUAGGAGAUUACAUCGGGGCAAAUAUCGGUAAAUCAGAAGAUUACAUUUGUAAUUCAGAUGAUACUGUAUUACUACCUGAAUGUACGAAAUAUCUUGAGGGAUUCAUGACGAGAACUUUUGAUGGUUGGAAUGAAAAUGCUAUCGGAGAAGGUUUGAUGAGAACAUGGACAGGUGUAAUUGCAGCUACUAUCGAUCGUCUUCCAUUAAUUGGACCUGUACCUGAUACACCUGGUCUGUUCAUUUCCGCUGGAUACAACGGUCACGGUAUGAGUACUACACAUACAUGCGGUCGUGCUUUGGCUAAAUUGAUCUUACAUGAAACUUGGGAUCAACAAUUUCCCGAAGCUUACAUUAUAAGUAAAGAAAGAUUAGCUCGAAAGUUACCGGAAGGUGGUCAUUACCAAUUGGUCACAGGUGUGAACAAAACAACAUAG